AUGGAAGCGAAGACCGCGUCUACCGAGCUGCCGUCGACGCCGAGUAUGGCGGACGUUCACGCGGCGUGGCUGGCUGCCGGCGCCAACGGAGACGUCGGUGCCAUGCGCGAAUUGUGGAACCAGUUCCCGAAGUGGCUCGACUUCAACCGGCAAGUCGGCCACGCCAAGUCGGACUCGCUGUCCCAACGACAGGCAAGGUUCUGCAGCUGGGGGGACUUCCACCUGCGUACUAUCGGCGCCUCAGCACUCCACACGGCCUCUUGGGGAGGGAACCUCGGCAUUAUCGAGUUCCUGCUGGAAUCAGGACAGGAUCCAAAUGCUGCGGACGACAGUGGCAUGACGGCGAUCAUGGUGGCGAUCCUACGCCUCAACCUCAUGACCAUGCGCUGUGUGUACCGCGAUGGUGAGGCUGUACGCCGCAACACCGUUGUCGACUGUCGUCAAGAGCAAGACGAGCAAGUGCAGCGCGUGCUUGGAGUCAUAACGUUGCUGCUUCGCUUUGGCGCUGAAGUGGGUGCACGAAGCCAGGACGGCAAGACGGCGCUGCACUGCUCCACCAGUGACGACGCGUACGAUGUGACCAAGUUCCUGCUGGAUGCUGGUGCCGACAUAGACGCGCUGGACGAGAACGGGAAGACGCCGCUGCAUUACUGUGUUCAGGAAGGAGGGCUCCUCGUGACGGAUCUUUUGCUCUCCCGUGGUGCGAGCAUCGACGUAGAGGACAAGGACGGCACUUCGCCGCUAGCGCUUGUGCUACAGCGGGGCAAUGUGAACGUGUUGCAGCUCUUCCUGAAUCACCACCACUGUGUGGUGACAGCGAAGCGCCAGGAUUUCAGCCGUGCAGUCUUGUUGGAGGCUGUUGCAAACAGAGCCGAGGAGGCGGCUCGCUACGUUGUGGAGAACGACUACACGUCCGUCGCGGUCUGCAACACACGGGGCGAGACGCCGAUGCACCUGGCUAUCAAGCAGCAGAACCUGUCGCUGAUGGAGCUGUUGAACGACUUGGAUCCAGCAGGGGACAAUCUGUCGGCGGCCACUGUAGAGUCCGAGACAACGGCGCAUUACGCUGCUCGAUACGGGUCGGAUCGUGAGGUGGAGAUGCUACUGCGAUGUCUGACAAGUACGUUCGGAGACCUUCAGGAACUCGGAACAGAGAAUCCUCUCAACGAUGUCAACAGCAAGGGCGUGACUCCUCUCUACAUCGCGGGAACGACACCGUAUUCCUACAAGAGCGUCCGCUUCCAAGACGAGUUAGACAGCAACAAGGCGGUUGGCAAAAGUAUCCGCAAUGCGAAGGUGCAGUUGUUGAUGGAGCAUGGCGCGCCGUUAUUCCCAGCGAGUUUUCUGGUGGGCGAGCUGACACCAGCAGCUUGUCAGUCAGCGUCGCGCUUGGUCCUUCCGCUUCAGGUACAGCAGUGUCUGCGCGAUUGGGUCGUAGAGAUGAGGAGUCGAAUCGACGAGCCUGAAGACGAAGAGGCUGUGCACGCAGCAGACGAGGAUGAUCUGGUUGAGGCGGUAGCGGAGCUUUGCAUGCAAUGGAUGGCGAGUGUGGCGUGCGUCGGCUCGUGGGCGUCCUUACUCCCGAUCGUCAUCUGUGCGGGGUACGCUCACGAUGUGGUGCCGCUGCUGGUGGAGCUCCCUCUGCAGCGCUGGGCGCUACCAGCUCUCCUGCGUCAGCUUGAGAAGUUUGAAGUAAUUGAAGGGCACUUUCUGAAGCCAGGAUCAUGUACACAGGUGUAG